AUGCAAGAAGUCAUUCACAUAGAUGAAAAAUGGUUCUACUUGAACCCUGAAACCAGAAAAUUCUACCUCCUUCCAAAAGAGGAAGAUCCAUACAGGUGCCAACAGAGUAAGAGGUUCAAGAUCAAGGCCAUAUUCAUGGCUAUGAUUGGGAAACCAAUAUAUGCAAGAGAUGGGACUCUUUUGCAUGAUGGAAAGUAUAGUAUCUUUCCAUUUGUGAUAAAACAGAUGGUAAAGAAAAAGAGCAAAAACAAAGAAGCUGAUACAUUGGAAACAAAGGCUGUACAGAAUGUCAACAAGGAUGAAAUCAGAAAAAUGCUAAUGGAGCACAUCAUACCAGCAAUACACCAACAAUGGCCAGAGACUGUCCUUAAAAAUGUGAAAAUUCAAUGGGACAAUGCAAGGCCUCAUCAAAUCCCUAAAGAUGAAGAAUUUCUUACUGCUUGUCAUGGUAAUGGUUUUAAUAUUCAAAUGGUUUAUCAACCAGCUCAGUCUCCUGACUUGAAUGUUUUAGACCUAGGGUUGUUUAAAGUCAUUCAGUCCCUACAAUAUCAAUCCUUCCCCACAACUUUGGAUGAUUUAAUCAAAGAGGUUACCAAUGCAUACAAUGCUUUUGAGGUAAAAGCAAACAAGUACAUAUGGCUCACAUUACAGUCAGUCAUGAUCAAGGUCCUUGAAAAACAGGGAGGAAACAACUUCUCACCUCUUCAUAUGAAGAAGAAGAGGCUUGAAAAGUUAGGUGUACUACCUAAACACCUACAUGUGCCUAGGCAGUUGAUACAUGAUGCAGUCAAUUAUCUAGACACAAUGUUCAUCCCAACAACAAAUGGAGCAGAAGAAGAUCUACACAUGGAAGUUGAUGCUGACUAA